GAGAGGGUAUUGGGCGCCGGGUGGUCACGUCUUCUUUCUGCAAUGUGAGAAGAAUAACUGGCUUAGGACGAGCUGACCUUGUAAAUUAGACACAGCUGGAUUAUGAGAUUGUGAGAUGCUUGCCUAGCUGGCCGGUUCUUGUCCAGAUAUAGCAGCGUGACCCGCCAUGGCCACACUCGUGCCGGCAGACAUGUCGAGCAGUGCCGAGCUGGUGCACAGCCUGCGAGCCGUGGUGCCGACCCUGCGCAGCGGCCUACACAAGGGCCAGGCGGGCCGCAUCGGCAUCAUCGGCGGCAGCGCCGAGUACACGGGCGCGCCGUUCUACGCGGCCAUGGCUAGCAUGCGCGCCGGCGCCGACCUGGCGCACGUGUUCUGCCCGCGGGAUGCCGCCGCCGCGCUCAAGGCCUACAGCCCCGACCUGAUCGUGCACCCGGUGCUGGACGGACCGGACCCGGUGGCGCAGGUGCGCGAGUGGGCGCCGCGGCUGUCGGCGCUGGUGAUCGGGCCCGGUCUGGGCCGCGAGCGGCACGCGCUCGACGCCGCGGCGCGGCUGGUCGAGGCGCUGCGCCCGCUCGAGCUGCCGAUGGUGUUCGACGCGGAUGCGCUGUGGCUGCUGACGCAACAGCCUGACCUGGUGAGGGGCUACCACAGCGCCGUGCUCACGCCCAACGCCAUCGAGUUCGCCCGCCUCUACAAGGCCGUCAUGCAUGAGGAGCUCGACGUCGACUGUUACGGCGAGCAGCACGCGCGCGCCCUCUCGCGCGAGCUCGGCGACGUGGCGCUGGUGAAGAAGGGCCACAAGGACCUGCUGGCGUGCGGCGACACCGCGCUGUGGUGCGCCGAGCCCAGCAGUCCGCGCCGCUGCGGCGGCCAGGGCGACCUGCUGGCCGGCACGCUGGGCACGCUGCUCCACUGGACCAGGAGCGCCAACCAGUCGCUGGCCGUCGACCCCCGCCUGCUGGCCGCCUACGGCGCAUGCGCACUGACCCGGCGCGCCUCUCGGCUCACGUUUGAGCGGCUGGGGCGCAGUAUGCUGGCGAGUGACAUGCUGGCGCAGGUGCACCCGGCCUUCGAGCAGCUGCUGGAGAAGUGAGUUGCGCCGGCGGGCGCGGUGGCUGGGUCGGGGGUAGGAGGGGGUAGCGUCUGCCGGUGGGACGCAGCUCGCGCUCACCUCCGGCGCUGGUGGGUUUGUGCUGAAGACAGCAGAUGGCGACGGAAGCAGCCAAGUGAUAUACCGACCGGGCGUUUGACACGGUAAUUACCAAUUGUCGUGUGGGUUGUUUUAGCCGCAAUGCUUCCCGAGAUUGCAUAUCUUCUAAUAUAACAUAUUGCUGGAGACGUACUGUUUCCAUGUGUUCUUGUUGGUGAACCCAAUGAUACGGCAAGAUGUGAGCGAUUACUAUUCAUUCACAAACGCGCAAAAAAGGUACUGAAGUAACGAAUACGGUACGAACACAAUCUCA